AUGGCACCCACCCUCAACGUCACCCACAUCGGCACCGCCACCGCCAUCCUUGAGAUCAACGGUGUCAACUUCCUCACCGACCCCUUCUUCUCCCCCGCCGGCACCACCUGGGACUUGGGCCGCGUUAUCCUCAAAGUCACCGACGACCCAGCUCUCCGUCUGGACCAACUCCCCGUCAUCGACGCCGUGCUUCUCAGCCACGAAGACCACCCCGAUAACCUUGACGACCUGGGCCGGCAGCUCCUCAACGGCCGUCCUGUCUUCACCACCGUCGACGGAGCCAAGAACCUCGCUCCCCGGCCCACAGUCCACGGCAUGAAGCCCUGGGAAACCAUUGAGCGCGUCAUCGCCGGUAAACGCUUCACUAUCAUCGCCACUCCGACCCAACACGUCCCAGGUGACGAGUGCACGGGCUUCAUUGCGACCAGUAACGACCCGAACAAUGACUUCGGCCACGACCCUAAGACCGGUCUACCGAAUGCGAUCUAUUUCACGGGUGAUACGGUCUACAUCGAGGAGUUGAAUGCCAUUGCGGAUCGGUUCCAUAUUUGUGCGGCGGUUAUGAACUUGGGAAAUGCGCAUGUACCCACUACGGAAGAACCGGAUAGUCCGCGCAUGCAGAUUACUAUGGGUGGGAAGGAUGGCGCGAAGCUGUUCCGGGCCCUUGGGGCGGAUGUCCUGGUGCCUAUGCAUUAUGAAUCUUGGGGGCAUUUCACCCAGUUUGGGGAGGAGUUGGGUCAGGCUUUUAAGGAAGAAGGGAUUAGUGACAAGAUUUGUUGGUUGAAGGGGGGCGAGAUGGUAAAGGCUCUUUGA